AUGAAGGCCACCAAAAAUGCUCAGCCGGUAUCGGCUUCCCAUAAUGAGAACGUCACCUCACUUCACACUACCCUAGUCAACGAGGCACGUACGCCAAAAGGUUUAAUCGUCGGAGGAAAAUACCGGGACGAACUUUCAGAAGAGCACACCCAGCACUACGACAGCAGCUUGUUGCAAGAGGUAGACGUCGAUAUUCCCCUUACAGCCACAAAGCCUAAGCAGCACGAUGGCCAAGACUUCAUCGUCCUUGACUUCGUCGAUGGAGAUAAGGAGAACCCAUUCAACUGGAGUUCAGGCCGAAAGGCCUUCAUCAGCACUCUUCUUUGCCUUAUGACACUUUUCAUCGGUCUCGCCACGACAGCAUACAGUUCUGGAAUUUCACGCAUGGCAGCGGACCUAGGAACAUCAGAGGAAAUUGGAAAACUGGGUCUAUUCACCUUCAACUUUACAUGUGCACUUGCUCCCCUGUUCCUCGCUCCAUUCUGUGAGCUGGCCGGUCGACGAGUUAUCUACGUCGGUGCCUACGUCUGCUUCUGUCUUAUGUUCAUCGGCCUCGCGCUAGGCAAGAACAUUGCCACGAUCCUGGUCUGUCGUGCCCUGCUUGGUCUUUUUGGUUGUGUUGGCACAAUUCUCGUUGGUGGCACUUUUGGAGAUAUGUACACACCGGAGCACCGCGCUAUCCCUAUGGCCUGCUUCGCCUUCAUAGCCAUCCUCGGUACAGUUGGUGCACCAAUCUACGCCGGUUUCAUCGACCAGGCCCUCGGCUGGCGCUGGCUUGAGGGGAUCCAGGGUUUGGCAAAUAUCCCCCUUGGUAUCGUCAUUGCAAUUUGCCUACCCGAGACUCGCGGCAGUGUGUGCCUUAGCAAGCGUGCGAAGAAAAUUCGCCAAUCUACCGGCGACGACCGUUUCGUCACCCACAAUGAUAUCGAAGCCCCUGGCCUUAAACACAUGUUGCACAACUCUUCUGUCAAGGCUGUAAAAAUGCUCUUCACCGAGCCCGUCGUCUUUGCCUUUGGUCUCUGGAUUAGUUUUGCCUGGUUCCUCACAUUCCUCUUCUUGUCCGUCAUCCCAAUCACCUUCCAAGAAAAGCGCGGCUGGAACGAAGGAGUCUCGGGUCUUCCCUACAUAUCCCUCUGCCUCGGAACCACCAUCGGCUUCGGUCUCAACUUCCUCCAAAUCCGAAAAUACAAAUCCCUCACCUCCGACCCGAACAUUGAGAUCGCACCCGAAGCUCGGUUGUAUGGUGCCCUGUGCGGAGCUGUCUGGCUGCCGAUUGUACGAGGGUCUCCCUGGAUCGGUCCAGUCAUCGGACUGGCCCUCAUCACUAUCGGUAUCUUCUUCAUCUUCGAGUCGUGCUACAGCUACACGGCUGAUUGCUACGGAGAACACUCUUCCUCUGCGAUUGCCGGUCAGGGUUUCAUGCGAAACACACUCGGUGCUGUCUCGCCACUCUUUGCCUCCCAGUUCUUCCACAACAUGGGUAGUCAGUACGCUGGAUUGUUACUGGCAAUGGUGGCUACUGUGUUGACAUUUAUUCCGUUCAUUUUGUUCAAGUUUGGUCCUGCACUACGCGCACGCUCUAGACUUGCCUCUGCUACUGUCAAUGGCACUAACUAA